AUGCAACUGCGGAGGUUCGCUCAGUGCAUGCAGUUGGAGAAGUUGGAUUUGCAGAAUGAGUUCGAUAUUUGCCGCGAAAAGUACGAAACAGAUGUAGAGAAGCUGGUGGAAAAAAUAAGAUCGCAAGAAAUUCUCCUGGCAUCUGUACGAACAUCAGCAUCAAAUUCUUCUAAGGAAGUGGAACGGCUCACAGCAGAGAACAGCGCUUUAGCAGACCGAGCUCAGGUUCUAGAGGGCGAGGUUAGAAGUGUUAAUGCAACUAACGAGGAAAUGAAAAUUGAAAUCAAAACUGUUCACGAUCUACAGAAGCGAGUGGAGCACCUCACAAGUAGAUGCCAAGAGCUAGAGGACGAAUGCGAUUCACUUCGCACGACGAGAUCAAUGCAAAAUAACGAGAGGACCGUCCAAAGAGGAGUUCUGAAGCUGGAGUAA